CACGAAACCUGCUUUGCCUUCAUGAAUGUGGCCCAUGUCGGCCUGGCCGCGUCAGUCACUCAUGUAGAGCCGCACAUGCAUACUUUAGAUGGAGUCAUCAACUUCAAGCCUCCAACCAAGCGACUACACCGUGGGCUGGAUCUGCGCCCUGCCGAUAGAGCUGGCUGCGGCGCAGGAGAUGCUGGAUGAGGAGCACGAAAUCAUCGACGACAAACACACCUGCUCCUACACUCUCGGACGUAUCGGAGACCACAAUGUUGUCCUCGCAACGUUGCCGGCGGGCCAGACAGGCACGAACUCGGCCGCCGCUGUUGCCGUCCAGCUGCAGUCCGACUUUCCAGCAAUGCGAUUCGGGCUGAUGGUGGGAGUUGGCGGAGGCGUGCCGGGUGUUGAGGAUGUCCGCCUAGGGGACGUUGUUGUCAGUCAGCCACAGUCGAUGCAUGGCGGAGUGGUCCAAUAUGAUCUGGGCAAGACAAGACCUGGUGGAUUCGAGCGGACUGGGUUCCUGAACACGCCUCCGACGGUUCUUCUGAACGCUAUCUCGCAGCUGCAAGCUCGUCAAUUGCGAUCCAAGGACAUGUUGUCGGUUCACAUCUCUCGCGCCAACCAUCUGCCUCAUUUCACACGGGAGAAUGCUGGAGCUGAUCGCCUCUAUGAGGCGAGCUACCAACAUGUCGGAGCCUCUUCGUGUGAUAGCUGCUCCAGCAGUUAUCUCAUCGACCGCCCGGUUCGAAAAGGGCUCGGUGUCAGGGUUCAUCAUGGGACGAUCGCUUCUGGAAACCAAGUCAUGAGAGAUGGCGUGGCUCGAGAUAAGCUCAGUGAAGAGCUUGGCGGUGUUCUCUGCUUUGAGAUGGAAGCGGCCGGGCUCAUGAACCGGUUUCCGUGUCUCGUCAUACGAGGAAUCUGUGAUUAUGCGGAUUCACACAAGAACGCGAGCUGGCAGCCCUACGCCGCUCUCACUGCCGCUGCGUUUGCGAGGGAACUUUUGUCUGUUGUGCCGGCUGUUCGAGAUCCUCCCAUGUUGAGCGAGAUUUAUGGUAAGAAUCCUCAACUGUCCAUGAUGUUGCCCCUGGAAUAUUCCAUUAACGCGAGUGUUUAG